CGCCCAAAAAGUAGUGAGCGGUGUUGACUAGCUGAUCUGUUGGAAAACAGUUGCUGUUUGAUAUCUCUCAACUUUGAUGUUUCUUAAAGAGUUGAUCCACAAAAACUUCAUUAGUCGCCGGUAUUUCACUUGAACAUACCAUGUAGUGUCUGCACUGUAAAGAAGUUCAGUCCGCGGUGUUUUGGACAGUGAGAGGAUGUCCACAGUGAGUGAAGUCCAGGUUACCCAGGAAUGGCUGCGUUCUGAAUGGCACAUCCAGGUCCCUCCUGCCUGGCUGGAUGCUUGUGUGAACUGGAUAAAGGAGGAGGCGGAGAGAGAAGCCGUGCCCCGGGCCCUACUCAAUCAACGUGUCUUGGAGCAAUGGUUACUAACAGACCUGCGAGAUCUGGCCCACCCAGUGCUCCCUGCAGGCGUCUCAGAGGCCCAGAAGACAGAACUAAACAGCUGUUACUGUGUACAGAUGGACUCUCUACUGGACAUCAGCCAGCCUGCUUACACUCAACUGCAGCGCAUUCGGGGCACUGACUGCUCCAACGAACAAGUCUCCGCGGUUACACAGGAAACACAGAGGCCAUGGGAGGCCAAGCCCACUCGUAUGUUGAUGCUGCAGCUUACGGAUGGGGUGCAAAGUCUGGAGGGUAUGGAGUACCGGCCCAUCCCAGCCCUGAGUACCAACCUGCCACCUGGCACGAAGCUACAGUUAGUUGGGCCUAUCGUUGUCCGUCUCGGGGUGUUGCUCUUGAAGGCAGAGAACGUGAAGGUGUUGGGAGGGGAGGUGGAACAGCUCUUGCAGAUAUACUCUCAAGGUAGAGUGCUUUGUGGGACACUGGGUCUACCUGAGGAAAACCAUCCACAAGGUGAGGAACUGGAUGACCAGGAGCUCUUAGCCAGUGUGGAGGCUGUGGAAGAUUUUCAGGUAGCUGACAGUGGCUACGACAGCCUGAAUUUGCAAGCGUUUUCCAGACCAUCUGCACCUCACCUUCAAUCGCAACGCUCCCAGUUAAGUCCCCGUCCACAAGAGACACCCAUUUCCAUUGACAACAACUGGCAUGAGGUUGAAAUUCUAGAUGAUGACUUCAACAGCAUUCCAGAUGAUUUUGAUGAAGUUCCACAAAACUUUGAGGACAAUAUGGUGGAUGAAAUUCCUGAGGACUUUGAUGACAUCCCAUUAGAGGAGCUAGAUAGCGUGAUGUGCCCUUUAGAUUCAGAAGUGUUGCCCAGCACAAGAGAACACACUGAAAUUGAGCAACAGACAUUUCCAGCUUCAGACUUACCAAGUGUAGACAACCAUAUUAACCAGCCCAAAACUGUAGGACUGAACCAGAUUCAGUCAAAUUCUGCCUACAGAACUCCUGUUGGCGAAAGAAGCUCCCACCACAAUAGAUCCUUAGAUGAAUUUCUUAAGUAUGAGUCUAAAUAUGAAUCAGUUUCAAGUAGGAAGCAAAAUGUUAGUGCAAUAACAGAUGCACCCAUACCCAGGUACCUCUGCACUCUGCAGGCUGGCACUUGGCCGCCAACCAGUGUUCAGGUUUUACGUGUACAAGCCUUUAUUGUUACAUUGGUGGGAAACUUGCGCAGUAGUGGUGGAGUUUGGAAACUGGGAGCCACCAUAUCAGAUGGGACGGGGUAUCUGGAUGUGGAUCUGUGUGACGCAAUGCUCACUAACCUCAUUGGCUUCUCAGCAGCAGAGGCCCGAGUGCUGAGGAAAGACCCAGUGAGACGCAGCGAUGUGGACAAUGGGAUUCUGCACUGUCAGAGAGAGCUGGUGGAUAUGUGCUGUAUGCUGAGCAUACAGGUGGAUCAGAUGGGCCGAGGAGUCGUGUUGAGUGCCAGUCCGCUCUCAGAAAGAGAAUGCAGUGAGAUACAGAAACGAGUGAAUGAGCGGAGGAAAUAAGUGUUUCUUUCUUGACUCUUACUGAGAAACAUUUUCUGGGUGAACUUACUCUGGCAAUGGGAUUUUGAAUGGAAUAACUCUUUGGUUCUCUGAGUCUGUAGACGGCAUCUCAAAAAUGCUCCCAAUUUAGGUUAAAAUUUCAGUAUCUCAUGUAUUCUAUUUUUGUAAAUGUAUUUGUUUUGUUAGUUCUUUGUUACUUUUAAUACUUGAAUGUGUUCAGAGUUAAAUAAAUCAAAUGAAACUGAUUAAAAUUAUUUAUGUAUAUUAUUUCCUGGACAAUGUUAACUAGAUUUUUACAUUUUCUUUAGAAAAUAAGAGUAGUGCAUGUCCCUGCAAAAUUUGCAGCCACAAGGCUAUGGUGUUGUGAAAGGUUGUCAGGGCAUUGCUAUUCAGUUGUUAAGGAGUUCUGAGUGGUGUUAAGUGCAUUGCUAUGAAUGAACCAAGUUGGAUCCCUCAUUCAGUGUCUUCUUUUUUUUUUUUCAGGCCCAUUUUGUUGUCCAGUGUGGGAAAAUUUUAAGUCCAAUCACUUGAAGUAAUAGCACACCUGUGUCAAUAGCACAAGCACUGUUUAUAAAUAAGUAAAUAGGUUAAAUACUUGAGGUUAGGGGUUUGCUCAAAUCCCUAACCUCAAGCAUGAGCAAUAAUAACAGUGAUUCACUGCUUAUACAGCCCUUAAUGAAAUACCAACUGGCACCGAUAGAUGGCAGCAGUGAGAUUUCAAACCAUUCCAAACCAUUUUGGGGGUGAGGGGUCACGGGUGUUGAGGUCACAAAUAUAAUGGUCCUCUUUGGUACUUCAAUAUUGUAAAGGCACUGAAUUCAAUAAUUUUCUGAAUAAAGGCUUGAAAUGCAAUAAAGGCCCAAAAUUAUUUAAUUUUUGGUUUUAAAAGAUAUGUGUAUUUUUAAAGUUCACACAGUACAAGACAAACACUGUCUGCAUUGCUAGCAAUUCACCUGUUUCUGUCAUCUUGCUGUCUCAAGGAAAAGAAAUAUAGAAAUAAAAUGUCAAGAAAAUGAAUAUAAUUUGAAUUUCUUUUCAUCACUGAUGUAUCUGUAAAAUGACAUGAAUGUGUCAGCUGGCUAGUAAAAAGAAAAUACACAAAAUGAU